AUGGAUCCCUCUGACAGGUCAGGAACGCCCUCCAACCAGGGCGAGUCGUCCAACACUUCGCCCACAGACACAAGGCGUCCAACUAGAUACGAAUCUUACGGCGCUGGCCGUGACGAGGGUUUAUCUGAGAGCUUCCAAUCUUUCCAGUCCACUGAGACGGUCAGGCGGCGCCCUGAAGCUGGCUAUGCCCACGACCGAGCCCACUCGCGAUCGAUUCAACCUGCACGAUCUCCCAUGUUGGGACCCGACCGUGUCAAGGCUUCACGAACGCGAAAGCCCCCGAUGCCGCGCCGACCGACCAACCCUGCUGCUCCCCACCGAGGUGAAGUCUUCUCGACUGAGGACGAUCUUGAUGAGGUUGCUGCAGAUGCUGCCGAACGCCACCGGGAACAUCAUCACCAGCAAAGCUACAGCACCCGCAGGAGGCCCCAGCUAGGCAAUACCUUAUCAAGAGUCCAGUCCUCGCGAAGCGAGCCAGAAGAAAACGACGACGAGCAACCCGAGACACCUCGCGCCGAGGACGAGCCCGCUGAAGAGAUGUCUGAUGAUGCAAGCGAAGCGGCUCCUGAAGAAGACAUUGAAUGCGAGUCGGAUGGAGACAUCAGUGAUGCCGAGAGCUUCACGCUCAAGGAUCGGCAGCAGGCUAUCAACGAAACGCACCCCUUUGGCAUCCGACUCUGGAAGCCUGCGCUGUACAAGAAAGACCGGUCUGUGCAAAAAACGGCAGAGGGAGAUAUCCACUCUUCUCCUGGUCUCAAGGUCAGCUCCUGGUUGGUCUUCUUCAACCUACUCUGGACCAUCCUUUUCGGCUGGUGGAUGGCAACAUUCGCGGCCCUCGGCGCCCUCGUUUGUUUCUUCUUUGCCGCCACACCCAGCGGUAGAGAAUAUGGGCGAGUCCUAUGGGGUCUUGCUGGCUACCUGUUCUACCCCUUCGGCAAGUACGUACGCCUGGAACAGGACGAUGCCUACCUGGACGAGGACCAAGGCGAAGGGCGGAGCAUCUCCGAGUACGAGCAGUGGCAAAGCGGCGACCUUGAGUAUGGACGACUGUUCUUCGGCCCGGAGCGCAAUCGAUCCAUCGUUGGACGUUCACGACGGAGUAUUGAUUCCGAGCUCAGUGAGACCGACAGCCUCCUCGGUCGUUCCCGUCGGGGCGAAAGGAGCCAAACACCUCCCAGACUGAAGAGGCGACUAUUCGGUCGUGGACAGUGGAACAUAGGCCGCGUGACCUUCUUCCUGUUCUUCUACUUCCUCCUGACGCCAUCUUUGAUUAUCGUGUCUCUAAUCUGCUGGUUCUUCGUCUUCACCAUCCCGAUGGGCAAGGUCACGAUGCUGCUCUUCGAUCAUCUCCGACGCCACCCUCUCGCGCUGUCUUUCGACUCGGACGUCAGCUACGCCCGGCUUUCCAACGGACAAAACGCAUCGAUCCUUCUGUGCACUUAUCGUGCUGUGGGAACCCGAUACUGGAAGUACACCGUUGAUGGCACUAACAUCUUCCUCAUCAAUCUCAUGGGCGUUGUUGUUUUUGUCAUACUGGACUGGGCCGUCCUCGAAAAUAUGCUACACAUGGACAUCUUUAUUACCUCGCCUGCUUUCCUGUUCGUCAUGGGUCUGCUGUCCAUCAUCCCUCUGGCAUACUUCAUUGGCCAAGCUGUCGCCUCCAUCUCAGCACAGUCGUCCAUGGGUCUGGGUGCUGCAAUCAACGCGUUCUUUUCCACCAUUGUCGAGGUCUUCCUCUACUGCGUUGCCCUGAAGCAAGGCAAAGGGCAACUUGUAGAGGGCAGCAUCGUGGGCAGCAUCUUUGCGGGCAUCCUCUUCCUCCCGGGACUUUCCAUGUGCUUCGGUGCCAUCAAGCGCAAGACUCAACGGUUUAACGCCAAGUCGGCUGGUGUCACAUCCACUAUGCUUCUGUUUGCCGUCAUUGGCGCAUUUGGACCAACUCUCUUUUACCAAAUUUAUGGCACGCACGAGCUGAAUUGUCUUGACUGCUUGGACUACGACGGCAGUCAGGCUGUCGCCCAAGGAGACAGCCGGGACUGUCGAAGGUGCUACUUCUCGCAAACACCAGCCCUGAACGAUCGCUUCUACCUGGAGGCGGUGCGUCCCUUCUGCUACUUCUGCGCCUGUCUGCUGUUCCUAUCCUAUAUCGUAGGUCUUUGGUUCACCCUCCGGACACAUGCCGCCAUCAUUUGGAAAGAUCAGCUGGACGAGAAGAAGCAUGAUGAACCCCCCACACAAACAUCUACACGACCUUCCGUUCCCCACUCGUUCCACGAGGCGCCUGGCAGCUCGAGCGCCGAUAUUCGAGAUUCGCACUUGUAUAAGCGCAUUCUCGGUCACACACAAAAGCAAGUUGGACUGCAGCCUAGGUCAGAGGACAUCACGCGUCAGGGCUCUACAUUGACAACUGGCUCUGCGAAUGGAGCAUCCGGCCUUCCGCACCAAGUCCCUCCUAAGGUUAGCGGCAGCGAUGUCCGCGCUGGCAUGCACCUCUCUGGUCUUUCAGAGAUUGACAACAACGCCCUGGCUCGUGAAGUCGCCGAAAUUGCUGCCACUGCUGCCACGUUCGCGGCCCGGGAUGCCCGUCUUCCUCGUCGAGGCUCGGGCUUGCCGACUAACACUGUGCCCACAACUCCACGCCCUGCAACAAGCCGCGCUGCCCCGUUCCCGGAGGUCGAGGAUCCGGCUGCUGCUGCUGUCAGCGGUAACGCCCACGGUGGGCAUGACGCUCCAAACUGGAGUCGUCUCAAGAGUUCAAUCGUACUCAUGGGCGCCACAGUGUUGUACGCCAUUGUGGCCGAAAUUCUGGUAGACACGGUCGAUGUCGUUUUGGAAGGUUUCGCCAUUGACGAGAAGUUCCUCGGUAUUACCUUGUUUGCCCUGGUCCCCAACACCACUGAGUUCUUGAACGCCAUCUCUUUCGCCAUGAACGGAAACAUUGCCCUGUCCAUGGAAAUUGGUUCAGCGUACGCGCUUCAGGUUUGCUUGCUGCAAGUCCCCGCGCUUGUCUUCUUCUCAGCCUUCUACCCCAUGGAUCUGCCUAGCAGCGAAGACCCCGAGCGGUAUACAUUUGCGUUGCUAUUCCCCGAGUGGGAUAUGGUCCUCGUAAUUCUCUGCGUCUUCCUCCUCAGCUACAUGUACGGUGAGGGUAAGAGCAACUAUUUCAAGGGAAGCAUCCUACUGCUUUCCUACCUCGUUGUCAUCGUCGGAUACUACUUUUCGGGCUACUCUCAGGAUGCCAUGGGCUCGAACAGGUUCGACAUCAUGGGCAACGAUGGAGCCUAUAAGAGUUUCAAAACAAUCGGGCGGCGGACUGGCGGUGCGGUAUUUGAAGCAUGA